CCUUAGAAACCCUCCAUGAUUCCAGGGGGGCCCUUCAGAGCCUGGUUUGGCAUGCUCACAGAAUAUUUUACCCAAGAACCUAUGCUUCAACUGGGUCCAAAGUUCAAGGAAUUUCAAAGGGCACAUAUCUUUGAAGGGGAAGGUAGAGCACAUGAAGUCCUCGUCUUGAAAGGUUGGAAUAACUGGAGCUGUUCAAACAAAGAACUAACAGGUGUUGAGAAGAGUGUGAAAAUCAUGGCUGAGAGAAAAAAUAGCACCAGUCCCAACCUCCAAUCAAAAGGAGGUGCUGGCAAGUUUGCUAAACAAGUCCAAAGGAAAUUCAGCCGUGCACAGGAAAAGGUUUUACAGACGUUUAGUAAAUCUGAGGAGACAAGAGAUGCACAGUUUGAAUUAUAUGUACAAAACUUCCAAGAUCAGCAGAGUGAUGGACACAGAAUAUAUAAGGACCUAAAGGCAUACUUAAAUGCUGUCAGAGUGAUGCGAGAUGCAUCCAGUCGCCUUUUUCAGUCACUGUUUGAUGUUUAUGAGCUUGAAUGGGAAGGGGGAGAGGACCUUGGGGCUGUUGUAGAGGGGGAAGACUUGCUAUGGAAUGAUUAUGAGGCAAAACUGCGAGACCAGGCAUUGCUCACAAUAGAAUCUUAUAUGAGCCAGUUCCCAGAUAUGAGGGUAAUUGCCCACUUCUACACACACAUAAGUACAUACCACAGUCUAUAUUUAUCUUUACAAUUUCUUCCAUGUCAAUGUAUAUUUUGUGUGCAUCAGGAAAGAGUUGCAAAAAGAGGCAGAAAACGUGUGGACUAUGAUUCUACUCGUCACCACCUGGAAUCACUGCAGAAUGCUAAAAAGAGAGAUGACAUCAAGAUUAACAAGGCUGAGGAAGAGAUGAAAAUGACCAAAACAAUCUUUGAGGACAUGAACACAGAACUAAAAGACGAGCUGCCUCUUCUCUAUGAUAGUCGCAUUGGAUGCUAUGUAACAGUCUUCCAAGCUAUCUCAGACUUGAGAGAUAUCUUCUAUAAGGAAAUGUCUCAGAAUAACAAGGAUUUACAGAAUAUCAUGAUAAACCUAAAAUCUCAACAUCCUGUCAAGAGCUUUGUGGUCAAGACCUUCAGUCGUGGAACAUUGAAGAGGAGGUCACUGAAAGAUGCACUGUCUCCCAGAUCAAUGAGAGCCAGCUUCUCUGAGCUUCACUUGACUUACAGUUCUCGAGGUACUCUAAGGAGAGGACAAUCUUCUAGUUUUAGAUCAGACAAGGGCAAAUGUGAGCCUUAUAUCCCAGAGGUGCUGGCUAGCCCCGCUAGACCAAAACCCCCAAUGAACAGCGACUGUGGGAUUAGUGACACAGAUGCAAGUUCCCCAAAUGAGCACAACACGGAAGUAGAGAGAACAGCUUCCACUGCACAUGUACCUCUAUUAGAUGGCACAGAAACAUCUGGAAGUGUGCACAGCACUACAAAUAUAGAUGCAAAAGAAGAGAAUGAAGGGACUGAAACAAAAGAAAGCAACUCACUGCCAGCCUCAGAGCAGGAUGGAGAAAGGAUGAGCUUAGAAAUCAAAGGUGACUCAUUUUCAGAGACUGGUGAUGAGAACAAGCAGGAUUUGAAUAUAAAUUAUUCUGAAAAAGUUAAUACUAAGGUCUUAUCAUUUAUUGAAAAUCUUGAAGAGCACAGAACCCAUUCUGAGGAGCUAAAUGAACCUGAAUCUGGAAUGGAAAACAAAUGCCUUUAAAUGCCUUUCUUUGUCCUAAUAUAACAAUAGUUCUUCAUUCAGCAUUAAUGUUUGUGUCUCUUCUCUGACUUUAAGGAAAAUGUCAUAAAUGACCAAAUAUUAAGUGAAAUUAAGGAGGAGACAUUCUGAAACAGACUAUCUUUUUUGUAUAGAAAAAGGUCAGUAUAGGAAGACAGAAGUAAAAAAAGGUAGUUUAUUUUAGAUAAUAUUCAGAAUAAAAUUCAGAAUACUGAAUUUAAUCCAAAUACACACUUCAACAAUCCACAUACAGUAUACACUAAUUCCAAAGUUCUCAACCAAAUGAAAGCUACUGCUACUACUACUACUACUACUACUACUACUACUACUACUAAUAAUAAUAAUAAUAAUAAUAGUUGUUGAUCUUAUUAUUUUUAUCUUAUAAUUAUUAACGAAAAAAAUGGUCAAAAAUCAAUUAGAUGCAAAUCAACGUAUUGAUCAAGCUUUGAACUUUAUGUAAUUUCUCAGGAUAUAACUUAUAAACUUGAGACUGAUUGGAACAUUAUUAUAUAAAGUUAUUUUCCAUUUUUAAUGUGUUAUCUUGUGAUUUUUAUGUAAAGCCAAGUUGACUGUUGCAGUAUGGCCAGUUGAUGUCCCUUUGCUAAAUGCACUUACUUAAAAAUGUGAUUUUUAAUAUUUGUGAAAUGAUAAAAGACUGAUUUUAUUAUUUAAUAAAUAUGAAUGUGUCCAUUAUAUGAUCUCUAUUCUGCCUCUUUAUUGAUAGAAUUUUGAAUUGCCUAUUUAAUAUAGUUACUCAUUAAUAGUUAAUUAUUUCCUGGAAGGUGUAUUGUGGAGUAACCAGUUAACACCGUGCUCCUGUUUCAGAGCUGUGACUGAAGCUGGAACUUCAUUGUUCCGGAUACAGAGCGUAUGACCACCUUGAUUAGCAUGCGUGCCGCGUGCACUAGUCUAUUUUUAACCGAAUCUUUACGUGAUAUUAUUUAGUACAAUGUUUGUUUUUAAAACGUAAUGGAACUUUGAAAUGAAGUAAAGUAAUCGAUCAUUUCCAACAAAUGAAUCCUGACGACCACAAAGUGUUUCAGGUUUUUAUCCACGAUUUUUAUGAUGGCUACCACUUCAGCUUUUAACUUCACAGAAAUGGUGGCAACAACUGUGGCCCCAAACCAUAGGGACUCUGCUGUUGUAGGAGUGGUGAUUCUGCUGGUCCUGUGUACACUGGCUGGCUUGGUGUACCUCUUGUAUCAUUACCUCUGUCACAACAAGGGCAUCUACAGGACAACAGGAGAGGCUGCUCCAGGUGUGGACCCAGACCAAGUCUACCAAGACACAGUCACUGAAAACAAGGAAUACUUCAUUUAAGUAGUGCAGACUGCCAUGGAUAAGUUGGCAGUUAGUCAUGCUGAAUAGGUAUUGACCUUUAGAUAACUUUUCUGAGGAGAUUGAUAGUACCUUGGUUGUGAGAGAACAGCCAAAUGGAAACUGUGAGCCAAGGAAUUUACAUUAUGUUAAUGAUAAAGUUUGCUUUGUUGAUUUUGGAGAUGUAUUAACAUGAUAAUGCAUAUUAGUGUAUCAAACGCAAAAUAAGCUGGUCAAAUAGUGUAUCAAAUGCAACCAAUUUACAUUUAGUUUUGUUGGUGGUGGGGGCAAUGGAACUAUCAUCUGUUAAAUACACAAGCGAAGUGACAAGCAUGUUUGACUUUGCACAACCGUUUUUUAUAGGUAGCUAGCCAUACUUUCACACUAGCAAAUAAUAAAAAUACUUCUGUUCCUAUUCAUUUCUAUUUAUAGACAAUUGUCCUUACACAUUAUUUGACAGUUAAUUGAGUAAAAAGUAGAAUCUUUGAUCUAUUUACAGAGUUUGAAUUUUAGAGUUACUUGCUGUUGGUUUUGUACCCUUUUUGCUUUAAAUGACAAUUGUAAUAUGUAUACAUCUAAAACCUAAUGAACAAUUUUAGAAGAGAUGAGGCAUGGAAAUCAGGAAUUUCCUUCUACCUUCUGUGUGUAUGUGAGCAAACAUUCAGUCAAAGAAAGUACACAGUAAAACAGUGGCACUAAAAAUGACAUUAUCACAACAAAAUUCUUUAUUCAGGGAAUGGCAGCUUAUGAGGUUUACUUAGGGUUAGGUGUGGCUGAUAAUGUGCUCAUUUAUAUUGUUGCCCAAUCAAUUCCAACAACUAUCCCUACCACCAAAACACUAAAUUCUUACUGAUUUAAAGGAAAACACAAGAAGGACAUUUUGAGGAAGCAUUUUAUUUGGUGCAUGCUUAGGCUAUUUCCUUAUUUUGUUAAUGAUAGUUUAAUCACUCAAAUAUUCAGGUUAAAUGACUAAUACCGCAUCAAGUCUAUUUUUAUUUUCCUGUAUUUAUAAAUCACAAACAUUUGUACUUAAUGUCAGUUUUUACUUUUGACUAAUUUUUUGCAUAAAAGGUAUAUUGUGUUUACCUUAAGGACAAUAAUUAGGCUGUGAUAUCAAAAUGAAAGUUAAGUUCAUGAUUUAUAACAAGUGUAACAUUCACAAUACUGUUUACUACUUACACACUGUCCAUGUAAUGGGAACGCCUGUACAUUUACACAGGCAUGCAUGUGUCAGCAGCACAAUGCAUAAAAUCAUGCAACCUCAGAUCAAGAAUGUCCAUAUCAAACGUUAGAAUGGAGGGAAGAAAUGUGAUCUAUGACUGCGGCACUGCUGAUGGUAACAGAUGGGAUGAUUUGGGUAUUUCAGAAACUUAUGAACUACUGGCCACAAUAUCAUAUACAUAUUUAACACAAUGGUUUGGAGAAACACCAUUGUGGCUCAACUACUUAAGUUUGAUGUGUUGUAUAUUCUAAAAUGCUUUUCUGCUCACCAUAGUUGUAUGGAGUAUUUAUUUGAGUUACUAUAGACUUCUGGUAGUUCAGACCUGUCUGGUCAUUCUCCUCUGACCUCUCAUUAGCUAGGUGUUCGAGUCUGCAGACCUGCUGCUGUUUUUUUUCGCACCAUUUUUGUAAGUGCUAGAGACUGUAGAGAAAAUCCCAGGAGAUGAACAGUUUCUAAAAUACCAAAACCAACCCAUCUGGUAGCAACAACCAUGCCAAGGUUAGAUUUUUCUGAUUGAUGUAUAAAUUAACUGAGUCUUGACUUGUAUCUGCAUGAUUACAUGCACUGUAUUGCUGACAGAUGAUUGAGUGAUUGUAUAACAGAAUAAAUGGGCAGGUGUACCUAUUAAAGUGAAAAGUGAGUAUA